AAAGAGAUCAGAGUUCAUCCUUAUUGUCUCUUUUCUUUGAUAUUGAGUAAUGAGUGCCAGACACUUAUUGAGGCUGUAACAGGCUGCAGCAUGUGAGACACUGGUAGGAAGCAUAUUAGAUGGAACAUCACUCCACUUUCUUCAGAUGUACUCAAUCCGAAGUUUGCCCACAAUGUUGUAUCGAGAGCGAGCCGAGGAGGAUGGCGUUGAGGACAUGACACAACUUGAGGAGCUUCAUGAAGCAGCUGUUUUACUCAACCUACAGAAAAGGUUUGAGCGAGAACUGAUUUAUACAUAUAUAGGAAGUAUUCUGGUAGCUGUGAAUCCCUACAAGAUGUACAAUAUUUAUGGAACAGACACGGUGCUGCAACACAAAGGACAUGCUCUUGGUGAAAAUCCUCCGCAUUUAUUUGCUAUAGCAAAUGCUGCUUACACGAAAAUGAUGGAUGCCAAACAGAACCAGUGCAUUAUUAUCAGUGGGGAGAGUGGCUCUGGUAAGACUGAGGCCACUAAGCUGGUCCUGCGCUAUUUAGCUGCUAUACAUCACAAGCGCAACAUUACACAGCAGAUUCUUGAAGCAACUCCACUGUUGGAAUCUUUUGGAAAUGCCAAAACUGUCAGGAAUGAUAACUCAAGUCGCUUUGGGAAAUACAUUGAGAUUUAUAUGGAAGAGGGUGUGAUCAGCGGUGCCAUAACUUCACAGUAUCUACUUGAAAAGUCAAGGAUUGUGUUUCAGGCCAAAGAUGAAAGAAAUUACCACAUUUUUUACGAGAUGCUUGCCGGCCUCCCAUCACAACAAAAACAGUCCUUGUAUCUCCAAGAGGCAGAGACCUACUAUUACCUCAAUCAGGGUGGGGAUUGUGAGAUCAUGGGGAAGAGUGAUGGGGAAGACUUCCGCAGGCUCCUCAGUGCCAUGGAGAUCCUUCACUUCAAUGUUGAAGACCAGAAUGGCAUUUUCAGAAUCCUGUCGUCUAUACUCCACCUGGGAAAUGUCUUCUUUGAGAGAUAUGAGACUGACUCUCAGGAGAUGGCGUCGGUGGUGAGUGCUCAGGAAAUCAGAGUGGUGGCGGAGCUCCUGCAGAUUUCUCCUGAGGGUUUGCAGAAAUCCAUCACCUUUAAAGUGACGGAAACAAUGAGGGAGAAGAUCUACACUCCCCUGACAGUCGAGAAUGCUGUUGAUGCCAGAGAUGCAGUUGCCAAGAUCCUGUACUCCCUUCUUUUCCACUGGCUAACAGACAGAAUCAAUAAGCUGGUUUACCCGAAGAACGAAGCCCUGUCCAUCUCCAUCCUGGAUAUCUAUGGGUUUGAGGACCUCACCUUCAACAGCUUCGAACAGCUUUGCAUAAACUAUGCAAAUGAGUACCUACAGUUCUUCUUCAAUAGGGUCGUCUUCAGAGAAGAGCAGGAGGAAUACAGCCGAGAGCAGAUCCCCUGGGAAGAAGUCCCUUUUAAUGAUAAUCAGGGCUGCCUUGACCUCAUCGCCUCAAAGCCUCAUGGGAUACUACGGAUUCUGGAUGACCAGAGUGGAUUUCCACAGGCUACAGACCACACCUUUCUUCAGAAAUGCCACUAUCAUCAUGGCCACAAUCUACUCUACUCAAAGCCAAAAAUGCCUCUCCCUGAGUUUGCCAUCAAACAUUUUGCUGGAAAAGUCACAUAUCAGGUCCACAAGUUCCUGGACAAGAGUUACGAUCAGGUUCGGCAGGAGGUUCUUGACCUUUUCAUGCAAAGCAAGAAUAAGAUGGUUGCGUACCUGUUCAUGAACUAUUCAGAAGCUAUCAGUCAGCAGAAGAGCCACGUGAGGAAGAACAGCACGGUUACACGCAGAUACCAGGCCUCCACAGUGGCUGCCAAGUUCCAGCAGUCUCUUAUGGAGCUUGUGGAGAAGAUGGAGAGGUGUAACCCUUUCUUUGUGCGCUGCAUAAAGCCAAACCAUAACAAGGAGCCUGGUGUGUUUGACAUGGAGCUGGUCAGCACUCAGCUUCGGUACUCUGGGAUUUUGGAGACCAUUCGAAUCAGAGGAGAGGGUUAUCCAAUCAGAAUACCCUUUGAUGUCUUCCUUUUUAGAUACAAGUCUUUGCUGGGCCUGAAACAGAUUCCUCCUGCCUGUGCUGAAAACUGUAUCAUCAUGCUGAGGAAACUCUGCCCGGUGAGACCAGGAGCUUUUCAAGUGGGCGUGACCAAGCUGUUCAUGAAAGAGGACAUCUAUUUCCUGCUCGAGAGUAAGAGAGACAGGGUUCGGCACGUGGCCGCUCUCACUCUGCAGCGCUACACUCGGAUGUUCUUCGUGCGGAAGCGCUACAAGGCCUUCCGCAUGAAAAUCAUCAGACUGCAGGCACACUGCCGAGGAUACCUCACACGGAAGCGGUUCAUUAAAAUGCGGUCCAGUCUGGUCAAAUUCCGCUCACUGGUGCACAUGUACGUCAAUCGAAAGAGAUACAUAAAGAUGAGACUGGAGGCCAGGAGGAGAGCAGAACAGGAGAGAAUCCGAUUAGAAAUGGAGUUAUCUAGACGGGAGGUAGUUAACGUCACACACCUGGUUAUUCCAGCAGAACUCGGCAGGUUAUUGCAGGCAGCUGCAGGUGGCCGAGAGCUCCAUUCUGAUUGCCUGGCGCUGGUGCAGGCUCCCACUGUUCAGGUGGAAUCCCAGCUCACGCUGCCUCUCGACAUCAACAACUACCCAAUCUCCAAAUUCAUCCAGGUUCACUUCAGAGAGCCAUUGUUCGGAAUGCUGAUGGCACCUCUGAAGGCACCACUGACCCAUGUUGAUGAGGACCUCACUCAUGAAGCUCUGGAUGUGUUUAUUAUGGUCCUCAGGUUUAUGGGUGACCCACAUUUAAAUGGGGCUCAAGAGAAUUUGUUUGGAAACUACAUCAUUCAGAAGGGACUCUCCAUCCCCGGCUUGAGGGAUGAGCUUUUUUGUCAAAUUGCCAAUCAGGUUUGGAGGAACAGUAACCCAGACAAUGCUGACAGGGGUUGGCUACUGCUCCUCGGCUGCCUGAGCACAUUUGCACCUUCAGCCAAAAUAGAGAAAUACCUUCUGAAGUUUGUCUCAGAUUACGGCUAUAAUGGGUAUAAGGCACUUUGCCAACACAAGCUGAUCCAGGCCAUGCAGAAGUCGCUUUAUGGGCCAGAGACUGCCAGGACAUACCCACUGUCUCUACUGGAGUGGACAGCCAACAGGAAGAAAGCCAACAUGGUGUUGCAGGUGCAUUGCUUUGAUGGGGCUUCCUUUCUCUGUCCCGUGCACUCGUGGACCAGCGGAGAGGACCUGGCUGGGGACAUCCUUCAGCACAGGGGCGUUUCUGAGUCCUGGAAGGGCUGCUCAGUGAUCAUGAAGGAGCAUGGUCAGUGGGCGGAGCUUGCGGGACACGAUUAUGUAAUGGAUCUGAUUGCAGACCUGGAGCUGAUGCGAGAUUUUCCCAAGCAGAAGUCCUUCUUCAUCAUCUCCGCAGAGAGUCCCAUCAGAACCAGACCCAACGCAGGCCUGGCUCUGUUUGGGAGUGGCUUUGAUUCAGAUGAGGACAGUCCGCUCCUGAUGCCUCCAGCUCUCGCCAGCGCCAGUCUCCCAGAUUCCGAUGGAUACUACAGCCACGAAUCAGAUUUUAGCGAGGCUCCAACUCAGAGAGGCAUGGACCGAUAUCUGGACAGCCUGUUUGACCCAGUGUUGUCUGACGGCAGUGGGGACGCGGAGAAGUCAGCCAGCAUGUCCAGUCGUAUGAAGGGAGCCGGUGGGCUUGGAGGUGGGGAUGAGGAUGAGGAGGAGACGGUACCAGCCAGCAGGCCCUAUCCACCAGGACUGCGACCCGGCGCUGUACCAGUUCUGCCUGUUAUGGGAGGAACAAUGAUGCCGCCUAUACCUAUGCCAGCUAUGCACUCUGUGCCCACUAUGCCUGCUCCUACAUCUAUAGCCGCUGGGUCCUCAGUACCCCCAGCUUCCCCAAAGUCUACCCUGCCACCAAUGCCAGCUAUGCCUUCUAUGCCAGCUUUGCCUGCUAUGCCACCUAUUCCAGGUUUACCCAAUGUGCCACCACUGACUGAUGUGCCAGGAGUAGAUCACAGCAUCCUAGCACAGCAGCAGCAAGCCAUCAUCAACCAGCAAGCCAUCAUACUGGCUCAGCAAAUGACAAUGCAGGCCAUGGCCCUUCAACAGCAGAUGUAUAAUUCAGUGGGUGGGCCGUACACCGGUCCCCCGCUUCCCAGCGAACAUAUACCAUCGCCCCGCUCUGGCCAGUCAAGCCCAACCAAAUUUGAACCUGGACCCAUUUCGUACCCUCAACCUCCUGUUACUCCAGCUCCGAGGCCUUCACGGUAUCAACGCAGCCCAAGCAGAGCAGCAGCACCACCAGACAGUGUCGUCAAGUCCAGCACCUCCAAUGCAGAGCACAUGCUUCCCAGUCACAACAUCAAAGACAUCAUCAAACAGUACCAGCCUGGCCCAGUCAAACCAGUAGAGGUACAAAGAAAAGAGCCUAAAGUGUUUGUAAAGAAACCCGAUCCACACGAUGAAGCGAUGCUGAUCCUUAAAGACCAGAUGAGUUCUCCGCCCCCUCAGCAAAAGAAGAGGUAUGGUCCCCCUCCCGCUGCUUCAGGUGUGAGGGACUACAGAGACGAGCCUGUGGGACUACAGCCAGUAAAGAGCAUGAAGGCCAAAAGAUCACCUCCAGUUCCUGCAGUCAGUCAGAGGGCCCCGCCCCCUGCACCUGUAUCUCGAGAGCUUCCAAUAGAAGAGGAGACUGUUCAGACUCAGCUCCACAGGAGGAGCAGUGAAGAGCACUACACAUAUUCAAACGUCCCCUGGAAAAUAUACCUCAGAAAGGAGGUUUUCUAUCCCAAGGACAGCUUUAACCACCCUCUGGUAUUAGAUCUCCUCUUCAAGCAGAUUGUCCACGAUACAUUCUCUGAGGCCUGCAUUCGCAUCACAAAGGAGGAGAGGCAGAAAAUGAAAUCCCUGUUUGCCGAGCACAGCGUUGACGCAGUCGCUGCCACUCAGGAUGAGAAUGUGAAGAAAAAGGUUGUCAGCGCUGCGAGGGACAGCUGGGAGAUCUACUUCUCUCGUCUUUUUCCAGCUUCCGGCAGUGUGGGGACUGGGGUCCAGGUGCUGUCUGUGUCCCACAGGGGGAUCAAACUGCUGAAGAUGGUGAGGAGCAGUGCAGUGGCCCCAGAUUACUUCAGAGUUUUAAGACCAUACAGCUACACAGACAUCAUGUUCGUCACCAUUCCCUCCAAGAACAUGCUGGAGUUCAACCUGACCAAUGAGAAGCUGAUCCUGUUCUCAGCCAAAGCUCCUCAAGUGAAGACCAUGAUCGACUACUUCAUCACCGAGCUGAAGAAGGACUCAGACUAUGUAGUUGCUGUGCGUAAUUACGUUACAGAUGACAGAACGCUGCUGAGUUUCCACAAGGGAGAUAUUAUACGUCUGCAGAAAAUGGAAGGUCUGGAGGAAGGCCACUGCUAUGGUUGCAUUGUGAAAAAGAAGGUCAUGCUUCUUGAAGAGUUAAAGAGAGACACACCUGAUUUUGGCUGGAAGUUUGGAGCAGUGCACGGUCGUGCAGGGGGUUUCCCUGUGGAGUAUGUUCAGCCAGUGGCUGCUCCAGACUUUAUCAACCUCCCUGUGGACAAGAAAGAGGAGCCCAAGAAUAAACAGGGUCGUGUGGCCGCCUCCGCUGCGAUAGCUGUGGCUGUAGGCUCUGCUGCUGCCGCCCAUGAGCUGGACCGCUCCAUGGAAGUGGCCUCACCAGCCACUGAGUAUACAGAGGCCCACACAGACUACAGCGACAUGGAGAUUGAUGAGAGGAUCCUGCAGGACAGCCAAUACAACAUGGUGGAGUUCGCCAAGAAAUAUUUCAGAGACGGACAGAGAAAGACCAGUGAUUCAUAUAAGCAAAAGUCAAAGAAGGGGAAAGACUUUAAGGAUCCAGCAGAAAUGGUGAAAUUUUCCAAGACCCCAAUCCAGCAGUCCUUGAUUGAGUUCACAGAUGAAAAUAUGAAUAAGAUAGCUGCAGAUAUUUUUGUAGCUAUAAUGAAGUUUAUGGGGGAUUACCCAAUAAAAGGCCAAACUGAGCAAGACAUCGUCAGCACCAUACUGAGGCUGAGUGGAGAGUAUGGUCUUUUAAAGGAUGAAGCAUACUGCCAGAUCCUCAAACAGAUCACCGGAAACACCAGUUCAAAAACUGACAGUUGUCAAAAGGGGUGGAGGCUCCUGUAUAUCCUCACAGCCUAUUACCGCUGCUCUGAAGUCCUGAAGCCCUAUCUACUGAAAUACCUGCUGGACGUCUGCGCAAGCCCAGGAGUGCACUUUCAAGGCAUUGCCAAAGCUUGUGAGCAGAACCUAAGGAAGACGUUUCAAUACGGCGGGCGCAUUGAGUAUCCUAACAGCAUGGAACUGAAGGCUAUGAUGGCUGGUAGGAGCUCCAAACGUCAGCUGUUUCUUCUCCCUGGGGGGACUGAGCGGCACCUGAAAAUUAAGACCUGCUCAGUUGCUUUGGAUGCCAUAGAAGAGCUAUGCUAUGAGAUGGGAUUACACAACAUGGAGGCCAUGGAUGAAUAUGCCAUAUUUGUUGUCACAAACAGAGGUCAGAACGUUCGUCCACUGAAUAAGAGAGAGUACAUCUUGGAUAUCGUCACAGAAGCAGAGCCUAUCGACAGCAAUUACAGCCUGUGGUUUAGAAGAGUGAUCUGGAAUCAGCCACUUAAAUUUGACAAUGAACUUGGAGUCACCAUGCAUUACAACCAGGUUGCCCCUGACUACUUAAAAGGACUGCUGAAUGUUGUUCCGCAGGGGAAAGCAAGUGAGCAGCAGUUUCAGCAGGUGGCAAAAUUGGCCGCCCUGCAACAUCGUGCCAAGGACUCUGCCUAUCUUCCUUCCCUCCUUGAGGUCCAGGAGUGCAUUCCUGUCCAGCUGUGUGUGCUGCAGCGCCCCCAGCAGUGGCUGAACAUGGUAACCCAACACAUGCAGCAGAUCCAGGCCCUCAGCCCCCAUCAAGCCAGAGCCCAAUUCCUGGGGCUCGUAAGUGCCUUCCCCAUGUUUGGAUCCUCCUUCUUCUACAUUCAGAGCAGCAGCAACAGCUCCAUUGACUGCCCCUGCAUUCUGGCUGUCAAUCAGAACGGACUGAACUUCCUGAACAAAGAAACACAUGAGCCGAUAUUGAAAUUCCCCCUGAAAGAGGUGCAGUCCAGCCGCACUCAGAGGCCUACAGCCGGCUCCUGUUACCCUUAUGUGGAGAUAAUGCUGGGAGAUCUGAUGUCUCAGCGCAUCACACAGCUGCAUUUAGACCAGAGUCUGGAACUAUGCCGUGUCAUCGCCAUGCACAUGGAGAACAUGCUGUCAGUGCGAGAGAAGAGACUCACUCUGCCUCCCAGCGAGAUCACUUUGCUUUAAUUAGCCUUCAGACAAAAACACUCACACACAUUAUAUUUCCACUUUCAAUGAUAAAUAUUGUUAGAAUGAUUUGACCGAUUUUUAGCCUUGUUGCUAAUUUAAAUCGUAUUACCACUACCUCACACCCUGAAGAAUAUGCUUCGAUAUGCCCCCACAGGCCCUGAUUCCACUUUCACUGUGGAACACAAGGUAGAAUCGCCCGUCUAUAAAGAAUGUCUAUGAUUUGUCAGGAUAUGCCAUGUUUUGCUGCUGUUUCUGAAAUCAUUUGCACUUCUGUGAAUAUGUACAUAAUGUAUUUGUGUGUCAUUUUCACAUGUUGUAUCUGAAUACAAAAAUAAAUCUAGUUUUUCAAAUUAUUUUUUU